AUGCAGCUGAUUUUAGGAAUCUCUACAGUCCUUUUCUUCAGUGCAUUUUUGGACCAGUGCUUGGGCAUCAUGAAGGUUGCGUCUUUUAACGUCCAGAAAUUUGGGAGAGCAAAACUCUCUAAUACGUUUGUGCGGGAAACUCUGAUCAAGAUAGUGUCACGCUACGAUAUCAUCGUUAUUCUCGAGGUGGUGGAUUCUAGCGGAGAUUCAGUGGAAACGUUUCUCAGCGAGCUGAAUCAGUUCUACAAAACAAUUAAUUACAAGAUGAAGAUCAGCACACGCCUGGGAAGAGGACAACAAAAAGAACAGUUUAUGUUCCUUUACAGGGACAAAGUGGUGGAUUUGGUCGGGUCUUACCAAUAUGAAGACAAUCAGCCUGGAGAUGAAGAUGCUUUCGCCAGAGAACCGUAUGUUUUGCGAUUCAACUGUCAUAACACAGUGUUGAAAGAUUUGGUGAUGAUACCAGUCCACACAAAGCCAGAUGAUGCAGAGAGGGAAAUUGACGAACUGUAUGAUGUGUUUAAAGAUGUCAAGAAGAAAUGGAAGACUAAAAACAUCAUGAUUUUGGGGGACUUCAACGCAGAUGGCGCAUAUCUGUCCAAGGCAGCCAAGAAAAAAACCAGAAUCUGGGGGGGAAACUUCCAUUGGUUGAUCGAGGAUGGUGUGGACACCACAGUCAGCAACAACAAUAGAUAUACUUACGAUCGGAUUGUGGUAUAUGGAGACAAUAUGAGGAAUGCUGUUGUUCCAAACUCUGCGAAAUCAUUCGACUUCCAGACGGCCUACAGUCUAACAGAUAAGGAAGUAAACAAGAAUCAUUUUUUAUUUGAAACGCUGUUUCGUCUGGCUUUAAAGUUGUUUGUGUUCUUCGCUGAACUUAAACUCUUCACACUGGAUCUCACAGCGCUAAGUGCUUGCAUGACCGAGACUUAUCAGCGAGAUUCAUCAGAGUCGUUGCACAUGGCCACCAGCCCCAGUCGUGGUUCACGGCGGGGUGACCUGACCUCCAGCCCCGGCAGAGACCUGCCCCCGUUUGAGGACGAGUCCGAGGGGAUUCUGGGAGACAUUAUUCCUGAUGAGGAGGACGGAGAGGAGCUGAUCGGAGAUGGGAUGGAGAGGUCUAAUGUAAAGACUUUUGCUUUAUACAACACUAACUUUUUUAUUGUUGCUUCAAAACAGGAUUCAUCAGAGUCGUUGCACAUGGCCACCAGCCCCAGUCGUGGUUCACGGCGGGGUGACCUGACCUCCAGCCCCGGCAGAGACCUGCCCCCGUUUGAGGACGAGUCCGAGUAA